AUGACCGACGAUGGGCUCACCGACGACGCAGCGGUCGAGGCGAUCACGACGGCGUUUCUCUCGGCGCCCACCGCCAAGCAGCAGCUGCUGACGCGGCUCAUGAAGAGCACCGACAACCGCCACCAAGAGUUUUGCCUGCACCUCACGCGUGCCGACUGUCCCGAUGCUGCCAGCUGCCAGAAGCUGCACUUCAAGCCCAUCGUCUACCCGCACACCGAUGCGGCGUACGGCCACUGCAGCUACCUCAACACGUGCCACCGCACCGCCUCGUGCAAGUACCUCCACUUUGAGCUCGACACGGACCCUCCACAGGCGCCGUUUGUCUUCUCCACCACCAAUGCACGCCAUGCGUACGGGCCGGACUCGGACGAGGCGCGCGAGAUCGGGCUCAUCCAUCCGCGGCGCACGCUGCUCGAGAACGGAUUCGGCGAGUGGGUCCGCGGCGAUGGGGCGCAGCAGGAGGCGCAGUGGAUCGACUGCGACCUCAAGCAGUUCGACUACACGAUGUUGGGCAAGUUUGAUGUCAUCCUCGCCGAUCCGCCGUGGGACAUCCACAUGUCGCUGCCGUACGGCACGAUGAGCGACGACGACAUGCGCGCCAUGCCGGUGCCCGUGCUGCAGGACGAGGGGCUGCUGUUUCUGUGGGUGACGGGGCGAGCGAUGGAGCUCGGGCGCGAACUGCUCGCGCACUGGGGAUAUACACGCAUCGACGAGCUCAUCUGGGUCAAGGUCGGUCAGACCCAACGACUCAUCCGCACCGGCCGCACGGGACACCAUCUCAACCACACCAAGGAGCACUGCCUUGUUGGCGCCAAGUUGCGCUGCGACGAUGCGGAUGUUGCCAGCGCGCCCAUUGCGGGGUCGUCGCAGCGCUAUGUCGGGAGUAGGGCGGCGGGAGUGCCGCCUCCGCUGCCCGAGUGGAUGCACCGCGGCCUUAAUGCGGACGUGAUCGUGUCCGAGGUGCGCGAUACCUCGCGCAAGCCCGACGAGCUGUACGCCAUGAUCGAACGGCUCUGUCCGGGCGGUCGCAAGGUGGAGCUGUUUGGAAGACGGCACAACGUGCGCAGGGGCUGGAUGACGCUGGGCAACCAGCUCAAGUCGGAUCAUGUGCUCGAUGCCACGCUCCGAGAUCGGCUGAGGGCGUUUCGCGAGCACCAGGCACAGCAGCUUGCGGCUCCGUACUCGCAUGUUGCGCAGGCAUAUCCGGCAGCAGCGGUACCACACACCUUCGGCUUGGCUGCACACCAGCAUUCGGGCUGCGGAUAA